AGGUGGCAAAAAUAUGAGCGACCGGAAGGCCAGAGAUUGGGACUCCUGGGCGUCUCCUUACCGCAGGGGAGACCUUGGGGAAGCAGAUGCCAUCUCUAAGAGAAGGUGUGGAGCUUGCGUCUACCUGCCAGUCCAGCCGCACUCCGUCUGGCUCCCUCUUUUCCUGCCGGCCUUUGCCAGGUAGACCUGAGCUGGUUUCUUCCUGCAGCCUGAUAUGGAGACGGUAUCCCUGCUGCUGUGUGGUGUGUCCAUAGCUCUUCCCCUUUGGAUCAGAGCUGAUGAAUGUCGGGACAUUAGUGUGCAAAAUGAGACACCUUCAGUAAACCAGCCUUUUGCUUUUAAUUGCACAUACCCUCCAAUAACCUCUGGGAAAGCACAUGUAACUUGGUAUAAAUAUCCUAGCAAAAUCCCAGUAUCCAAAAACAUGCAGACUAGAAUUUACCAGGAUCAAAACUGGAUUUUGUUUCUUCCCCUGGCAUGGGGGGACUCUGGAAUCUAUCAAUGUAUUAUAAAUAAUACAAAUAUGUGUCACCGAAUACACAUAAACCUAACUGUGUUUAGUGAAACCCAGUGCAUUUCCAGAAACAGUCAAGUGAAUUUAUCAGAUGAGUACAAACAAAUAUUACAUGUUGGAAAAAAUGACAGUCUUACAUGUCAUCUGAACUUCCCGAAGAGUUGUCACUUGGAUUCAGUAAAGUGGUAUAAGGAUUGUAAAGAGAUUAAAGGAGAGCGCUUUGCUUAUUGGGAAAGAAAAAGAAAGCUAUCAGUGAGCAAUGUCUCGGCAGAGGACAGAGGGAACUAUUCGUGUAAAGCCAGACUGACUCAUGCAGGAAAACAAUACAUGGUUUUACAUAGAAUUACUGUGAAUGUCACAGAAAAUGUUGGACAUGGAGGAAUAAUCCCUAAAAUAACAUAUCCAACAAACAAUACAAUUGAAGCACAACUUGGCUCUACCCUUAUUGUAGACUGCAACAUAACAGACACAAGGGAUAAUACAAAUCUACGAUGUUGGAGAGUCAGUAGCACAUUGGUGGAUAUUUACUACAAAGAGUCCAAACGAGUCCAAGAAGGAAUCGAAACCCACAUUUCUGUUCAGGAACAUAAUUUUUACACAGUGAACAUAACCUUUCUAGAAGUGAAAAUGGAAGAUUAUGACCAUCCUUUCACAUGCCAUGCUGGUGUGUCUGCAGCAUACUUUAUUUUAAAACCUCCAGUGCCAGAUUUUCUAGCUUACUUCAUAGGAGGGCUUCUGGCCUUUGCAGGUGUGGCUGUGUUUGUUAUGUGCAUCUACAAUAUUUUUUGGAUUGACAUUGCACUUUGGUAUCGAAGUGCCUUUCAAUCUACUGGGACCAUAGAAGAUGGGAAGCUCUAUGAUGCAUACGUCUUAUACCCCAAGCCUCAACAAGAAAGCCGGAGCUAUAUUGUAGACACACUGGUUCUGAAGGUUCUGCCUGAGGUACUGGAAAGGCAGUGUGGAUAUCAGUUAUUUAUAUUUGGCAGGGAUGAGUUUCCUGGGCAAGCUGUGGCCAGUGUCAUCGAUGAAAACAUUAAGCUGUGCAGGAGACUGAUCAUCAUCAUAGUUCCUGAACUGCUGGGCUUUGACAUAUUAAAGAACAUGUCAGAAGAACAAAUUGCUAUCUACAAUGCUCUCAUUCGGGAUGGGAUGAAGGUCAUUUUAAUUGAAGUGGAGAAAGUAAAAAACUAUACAGUUAUGCCAGAGUCAAUCCAGUACAUCAAACAGAAGCAUGGGUCUGUCCAUUGGAGUGGAAACUUCACAGAGGAGUCACUGUGUGCAAAGACCAAGUUCUGGAAAAAAGUGAGAUAUUGUAUGCCACCCAAAAGGUUUCCACCAUCUUCUCAUACCUAGCUGCUGAAGCACAAUCCCUGUGACCUCACAGCUGAUAACUGAUGUGCCAGCACAGGGUUAUUUACCCUGUGAUGCAGGUUGUCUGUGGGAAGUGGCUCACAUUUGGACAAGAGGCACUGCAUUCAGGCCAUCUGCUUGAAGUUUGUUAUUGUGUACUUGUGUGAAGAACUGUGCUUGUUUGCUUAUUUUGAUCAGACAUACAUCUUUAGAAAAAGAUAUCAGCUCUAAAGAAGGCCCUCAUUAACUUAUUGGCUCAGAACACUUAUGAAUAUUUGCUGAACAUAGACCAGCAUUAGCAUUUGAGCCCCUGAGGAAUAGGACACAGGGAAUUUCAGAGUUUAGUUCAGAUGUCAGGAAGUUGGCACAUGGUGUGGUACCUGUAGGGCCAGAGAUGGGAGCCUGAAUAGCCAGAGGAUGGCAGGAAGGGAGUCUGUGGGCUUGGAGAGGGCUGGCAAGGAUAAUGGCAGUUUUUGUACCUGAUCAGUGUGCACAGGACCCUAGUACUCAGCAGAAACUUACUGUGUCUAUGAGCCUUUCUUACUCCUCUAGUGUAAAUAAAUAACCAUGACCACAGUCUUAGCAGGGUGAGACUGGAAAUGAGUCAGAGAUCAUCUAGACCAGUGGAAACAACAAUGGCGACACUGGAAUUGCCCAUUAAUCUCACUCCUGGUGGGUCCCAUGCUUUGAAAGACUUUAUCUUUCAAACCAAAAUAACUUAUAAUUCACUUAUUUUUCCAGCUGGCCUAUGUCAGCCACAAUUCUGAACAACAUGUGACAGACAUGGUUAUCAACCCGAGAUGAUGUCAUUGUAGUCCAAGUAAAACAAAGUAAUCUUUCAGCUAGUCCAUGCACCUUCAUCAUAGGUUAAUUUAUGACUUCACAAGUCUCAAAGACUUUUAUUACUAAAAAAUAGCUGUAAACUCUUGUCACAACUUUCAGAGACCCUAAUUUGAAGAGUAGAUAUAGUCCAAUGCUCCUUCUGUGGUUAACUGCACUAAGCCUUAUAAAGUGGCCUGCUAAGAUAUAAAAUUAAUAUUCUGGAAUUGGUGGCAUUUUUACAUACC